GUCCCUCGGACACAGAGGAUCACCGAUCACGGAAAGAGCCAAAGAUAUCGGCUCGGUCAUGUGAUCAGCUGUGUCCAAUCACAGCUGAUCACAUGGGAUAUGUACACUGAUCAUCAGGGCACUGAUGAUCAGUGUUCCCUGAUGAUCAGUGUAGCCCCAGCAGUGCCAUCUGUCAGUGUCCAUCAGUGCCUUGUGUCAGUGUUCAUCAGUGCCUCGUGCCAGUGCCCAUCAGUGCCACAUAUCCGUGCCUACCAGUGCACAUUGAUGCCACAUAUCAGUGCCCAUCUGAGCUGCCUUUCAGUGUCACACAUCAGUGCCAGUCAGUGCCACCUAUCAAUGCCAAUCAGU